UUUUCAUAAUGAAAAUGAAAAAUGAAAAUCACAAUGCUAAUAUUACCAAAAAGGUGUAAACUUGUUCAAGAUUUGGAAAUUAGGGCAUAUAAAUAAAAUUGGGUGCAUUUACAGAUUUAGAGUAGUAGUAAACAAAUCCCAAAGAAUCUCUGUACACAGACUUUCAAGUACCAAAAGAGAAGCUUUGUCAUGAUAGAUGGGGCAUUAGAACCAGCUUUAGUGGGAAUAUUUGAAACCUUUUUCCCCCUCUUUUCCUCCAUUAAGUAUUAUUAAUUAAUUAAACAUCACCAUUAGUGGCCAACUUAUAAUAUAAACAAAGCAAAUUCUUUUCUACAUUACCCUUUCAAUCAAACAUAAGCUCAUUACACACUCUCUUCACAUAGUGUUUGUGUUGUGUGCUUUGUUUUGUGAGGUAUAAAAUUCUCCCAUAUAUUUUGAAAGAAACAAAACCAUCAAGAAAAUUCCGAGUAUGAACCCUCAAGAUGACUACAAGAUCAAAGAAACGAAGCCGCAGCUCGGCGAGCGGUGGCCGCACGGCGGGGCCCGAGGUGGCUUAUGGUGGACCGGCAGUGAGAGGAUCACAAGCACCUACGACCUUGUCGAACAGAUGUACUAUCUCUAUGUACGUGUGGUCAAAGCUAAAGACCUUCCCACAAACCCGGUUUCGGGGAGCUGCGAUCCUUACGUAGAGGUCAAACUCGGAAACUACAAAGGCAAAACUCAGCGUUUCGAGAAGAAAACGAAUCCGGAAUGGAAACAAGUUUUCGCAUUUUCGAAAGAAAAAAUUCAAUCUUCGGUUCUUGAAGUUUUUGUAAGAGACAGAGAGAUGGUCGGGCGAGAUGACUAUCUCGGUCGAGUAGUGUUUGAUAUGAACGAGGUUCCUACGCGGGUCCCGCCAGAUAGCCCUUUGGCCCCACAGUGGUACAGGCUGGAGGAUCGUAAAGGCGAAAGCAAGCUCAGAGGUGAAGUAAUGGUGGCUGUUUGGAUGGGUACUCAAGCUGACGAGGCGUUUCCCGAGGCGUGGCAUUCUGAUGCUGCUUCCGUGCAUGGUGAAGGGGUUUUCAGCGUUCGGUCGAAGGUGUACGUUUCGCCUAAACUGUGGUACCUUCGUGUCAACGUGAUCGAGGCGCAGGAUGUGGAGUCGGAAGACAAAAGUCAACUCCCGCAGGUGUUUGUGAAAGCUCAAGUUGGGAAUCAGAUACUCAAGACUAAGCUCUGCCCUAAUCGGACAACGAAUCCGUUUUGGAAUGAGGAUUUGAUUUUUGUAGCGGCCGAGCCUUUUGAGGAGCAAUUGGUAAUUACGGUUGAAAAUAAAAUCGCACCGUCGAAAGACGAACUUGUGGGAAGGAUAAGUUUGCCUUUGCAUGUUUUCGAGAAACGAUUGGAUCACCGCCCGGUGCACACACGUUGGUUCAACCUCGAGAGGUUCGGAUUCGGUGUUCUAGAAGGUGACAGAAGAAAAGAGCUGAAAUUUUCGACUAGGGUUCAUAUUCGAGCAUGUCUCGAAGGUGGAUAUCAUGUUCUUGAUGAAUCCACUAUGUAUAUAAGUGACCAAAGGCCCACAGCUAGGCAGCUGUGGAAGCAGCCAAUCGGAAUCCUCGAACUCGGAAUCUUGAGCGCAAACGGGCUUUUACCGAUGAAGAUUAAAGACGGGCGAGGGUGCACCGAUGCUUACUGUGUGGCGAAGUACGGACAAAAAUGGGUUCGGACAAGAACCAUAGUCGAAAGCCCGAGCCCGAAAUGGAACGAGCAGUAUACGUGGGAGGUUUACGAUCCGUGCACCGUCAUCACUUUAGGUGUCUUCGACAACUGCCACCUAGGCACGCCUGCAAGCGGGCCCGCAAAUGACACGAGAAUCGGUAAAGUGAGGAUUAGGCUCUCGACUUUGGAAACAGACAGGAUCUACACGCAUUCUUAUCCGCUCCUCGUACUUCAACCGUCCGGCCUGAAAAAGACGGGCGAGCUCCAGCUGGCGUUUAGGUUUACGUGUUUGUCUUUAGCACACAUGGUGUAUCUAUACAGCAGGCCUUUGCUGCCGAAGAUGCAUUACUUGCAGCCAUUCACGGUAAGCCAGGUGGACAGCUUGAGGUACCAGUCGAUGAAUAUCGUGGCUUCGAGACUGGCUCGAGCCGAGCCGCCUUUGAGAAAGGAGGUGGUCGAGUACAUGCUGGACGUGGAUUCGCACAUGUGGAGCAUGAGGCGAAGCAAAGCGAAUUUCUUUCGGAUUGUCUCAUUGUUUUCGAAUUUGAUUUCGAUGAGUAAAUGGCUCGGUGAAGUUUGUCAAUGGAGGAAUCCGAUUACUACUGUAUUGGUUCAUGUUCUGUUCUGUAUACUGAUUUGCUACCCGGAGCUGAUUUUGCCGACGGUGUUUCUGUACAUGUUCUUGAUCGGCGUGUGGAAUUUUAGGUUAAGGACGAAGAUUCCGCCGCAUAUGGACACGAAGCUGUCAUGGGCGGAGGCGGUGCACCCAGACGAACUGGACGAGGAGUUCGAUACUUUCCCGACAUCGAAAGCGCAGGAUGUUGUAAGAAUGAGGUAUGACCGGUUGAGGAGUGUGGCGGGGAGGAUACAGACGGUGGCGGGUGACGUGGCAACGCAGGGAGAGAGGUUUCAGUCGCUGCUGAGCUGGAGGGAUCCGAGGGCGAGCAGUAUUUUUGUGGGUUUUUGUCUUUUCGCGGCGGUGGCGCUUUACGUGACGCCGUUCAAGAUUGUGACGCUUUUGGUGGGGUUGUUUUUGCUCAGGCAUCCCAGGUUUAGGAGCAAGAUGCCGUCGCCGCCUAGCAGUUUCUUCCGGCGGUUGCCGGCCAGGGCUGAUAGCAUGCUGUGAAAUGUUGGGCCCUCGCCUUUUUCGGCAAAGAGUGAGUCCCUCUCUCUCUCUCUCUCUCUAUAUAUAUAUAUAUAUAUAUAUAUAUAUAUGUAUUUUUUUACUUGAUGAUUUGAUCUUGCUGCAAGAUGUUUACACACUUAAAAUAUGAUUUCUAGGCUCAUUGUUUGGUAUUUUCAAAGCCUGUUACAUUGGUUAUAUGUGUAAUUCAUGGAUACCUUAGGGGUUAGAUUGUAAUUUUCUCCCGAAAAAUGACCCUUGAAACUCAUUUUUUACCCCUA